AUGGAAGGCAGUGCAACUGCGAAAGCGUAUAUGCUUCCGUCACCAGAACUACGCCCGGUGAGUGGGACGGGUGCUUGCAAGUACAUUGUGGUUACUGGUGGGGUAUGCAGUUCCCUUGGAAAGGGAGUAACAACAUCAGCUACAGGAGCACUUCUGCGCGCUGAAGGAUAUCAGGUGUGCAGUAUAAAAAUUGAUCCCUACAUUAAUAUGGAUGCGGGGCUUAUGAGCCCCUACGAACAUGGUGAAGUAUAUGUUCUUGAUGACGGAGGGGAAGUAGAUCUCGAUCUUGGAAACUAUGAGCGUUGGAUGUCUGUUCAGUUGCGGCGUGAGCACAACAUCACGACCGGUAAGGUCUACCAGAAACUCAUAAACAAGGAACGUCAAGGGGGUUUCUUGGGUAAAACCGUGCAGUUGGUUCCGCAUUUCACAAAUGAUGUCGUUGAGUCCAUUUUUAGAGUAUCUCAGAGCCCAGUUGAUGAAAGUGGUGCCCAACCUGAAAUAUGCAUGAUUGAGCUUGGUGGUACAGUGGGUGAUAUGGAGUCUCAACCCUUUGUUGAGGCGUUGCGUCGGCUUCGCUGCUUAGUGGGGCCGGAUGAAUUUUGUUUAAUGCACACGACAUACCUACCGGUGUUUGGCGGAUCACAGAAGACAAAACCAACUCAACACAGCACGCGCACUCUUCUCUCUAUGGGGCUACAACCCGAUAUUUUGAUAUGCCGAAGUGAAAACCGACUGACUCCUGAUGCGAAGGAGAAGCUGAGCAAUUUGUGUGGAGUGCGAUCUGGUGAUAUCGUGUCUGCCCCGAAUGUGAGUUGCCUCUAUGAGGUUCCCGUUGUUUUUACUAAGGAUGGCUUGGUUGAUCGGCUGGUUGAAAAGCUCAGACUUGUGAAGAGGACACCAGCCACCGAUGUGCCUCGUAUUGACACAUACAAAACUUACGUUAAGAUCCUUCGCAACAUGAGUAACCCAACUGUGCGUAUUGCCUUCGUUGGAAAGUACUUGCAGGACGCCGGGGAUACGUACUUUUCAGUUCUUCAAUGCUUUGAACACUGCCAAAUUGCCCUGCAAGUGCGUCUUGACAUUCUUUACGUAGACUCCGAGGAACUUGAGGGUCCUAAUGCGGAUGAGGCUCGAAAAGCACUUCUCGGUUGUGACGGCAUAUUUGUUCCGGGUGGUUUUGGUAAUCGGGGAGUGGACGGCAAGUGUGCUGCUGCUCAAGUAGCUCGCAUGAACAAUAUUCCUUAUUUUGGUGUGUGUCUUGGCAUGCAAGUAGCAGUUAUUGAACUCAGCCGCAAUGUAGUGGGUUGGUCAGAUGCCAAUAGUGAAGAGUUCAACAAAGAAAGCACCCAUCAGGUGGUUCGCAUCAUGGAUUGUGAUCGUAACAAAAUGGGUGCCAACAUGCACCUCGGCGCUUGUGAUGUUCACAUCGUUGAGAAGUCAUCCAUCAUGGCUAAGAUUUACUCGAAAUCAAACAUUGUUGUUGAGCGACACCGCCACCGUUAUGAAGUAAACACCGCUUACUUUGAAGAUUUGCGUAAGGCUGGGCUUUGCAUCAGUGCCGUGACGGACCCCACAUUUUCCUCUCGCUGUCGUGUUGAGGCUGUGGAGAAUCCGUCGUUACGCUUUUUUCUCGCAGUGCAAUUUCACCCUGAGUUUAUUUCAACCCCAAUGGAUCCCGCGCCAACAUAUUUGUCGUUUAUGGCAGCAGCAGCCAAGAAGGAUUACGUCUGGCCGCAAAAGUGUUCUCAACGCCGGUUGAAACAGGCGUAA